AAAAAAAAAAAACUAAAACUAAAACUUUGUUGAGAUCAUGUUUGAGAACAGCGUAAAAUCCGAAACGUCAGAGGCAUCUGCGGUGAUUCGUCCUCCGCGUUUUGUACGGCGGAACUUACCCACCGGCUCUGAUAAAACUAAUCGGGUCUUUCGCUCAAUAGAUGAUUCCAAAUUCGAUAUACCCACGAUUGACACCCGGUUACGUUAUGGUGAUUUGUAUAUGCGCAACCCGAAAGAUAGAAUACAUAUAAAGCCAUACGAUGGGUGGGACGACAAGCCAUACAAACCGAAAAUACCACAAUUUAUAUCCAGAGAGCCAAGUUUUACCACCUUCAAAGUGCCUUUUCAGAUGUUUUGUAAGGAGCGCUAUAAUAAUUUCAUCAAAAAAUACGAAGGCCAGUUCGGUCAUGAGAUCAGAAGUCUAAUCGAUAAUCAGCCAACGGCUCGUGAGGCCACCUAUUUAGUACGUAUUUUGGCUUAUACUACUUUAUGGCCGCCAUAUCACAAUGAAAGUGAACUGAAUCAUACGAGCCACAAUUUCUAUCCCUUGACGCCGAAGGAGAACGCACGCUUUAAGUACAUCAUGACACACGAUUUCUCAUAGAACUGAAAAUUGACUGAGUAAUUCUGAUAGUCUGAUAGGAACUGGAUAUAACGACAGCAAAAUUAUAUCGAUGUAAAUAGUUGCCGUGUAAUCUGAUAAACAGAAUAAAACAAUCAGUUUCAGCA